GACAAUAUAAUAGCAUUUUAUUAGCUUAUGUCGGCCCCAUCAAGAAAUUCCAAAAGAAGUUCUUCUCCCAUUAUAUAUCUUUAGAUCACACAACCACAACAAAUCAAGGUCCUCCAGGCCCAGCUAGCUACGAACCUAAAAUGGAGGUUUCACAUGCGAAUGCACCCAGAUGGACAAUGAGUGGAACUAACUCCAGAGAGAUACCCAUCAUCAAAAACCUUCCCGGCCCAGGAUAAUACGACGUCAGAUUGCCCGAAUCUUAAAGAAAGACCCUAAUUUAUGGAAAGGCUUAUCAAAUAGACAAAGAGGCAUAACAGAAGCCAGGUCCAGGAGCCUACAAAGUUGAGGUCUCUCAGCUUUCCAGAACAGGGUUCAAAAUAGGCAGCGAAAAAAGAUACAAGGACGAAAAAAAAUUGUCACCAGGACCUGGAGAUUAUCAUAUAAUAAUGAAAAAUCAUGUUACUUCCUACAUCAUUGGAUAAUAAACCAGAUCAGGGAAAAUCUGCAGCAAUCAUGUAGGUCCUGGACAAUAUGAGAUUCCAUCCUUAUUAAAAACAGACGCAGGAUUCAAAAUGGUUCCACGUCGAGAAAAGACCUUUUCAAUGAUCACGCCUGGUCCUGAUGCCUACGGGCAACUCAGACAAGAGAGAGUCAAGUCAUUCAAAAUUGGAACUAGCAAAAGAGAGGGGAUUUAUUAGAAGUCCUCUUCUCCAGGCCCUGCCAAUUACGAAGUCCAGGCAAUCAAAGAAAGUGUCGGAUAUACAAUAGGCAAAGGACAAAGAUAAGAUACCAAACUGGAGGUGUUGCCAGGACCAGGAACUUAUAAACCCAAUAAACCUAGCAAUGCUCCCAAAUAUUCCAUCUAUUAGAGAUAUAGGGAAAAGACUGAAAAUUCAGGUCCUGGACCCUAAUCAUAUACGAUAGGGGAGUUUAGAGAAACAAAAAGCAUAAUAUUUGGACAGGCUAAAAGAGAUAGUUAAAAUAAGAUAUAGAUACCUGUAUAGUAUUCGAGUAAUUCUAGGGACCAGGAGAAUAUGAUACAGAAGUAAAAGUUAAGAAGCCUUAAGUGAGUAUUGUGUUUGGAAGAGAGAAGAGAUCUUAGAGUUGCUCCGAAAAUACAUAUAUGCCUGGACCUGGUGCGUAUGAUAUAACAUCUACUUUUUUGUUGAAAAAGAAAUGA